AUGGCGGAAAUCUUAACGGAGCAGAUCGACGCUCUCAAAGAGCAUAGAUCCCCCGACCAGGGCGGCAAAGAUAUCAGACAGAAGUUACCAAAGGGCGUUGUGCUGGACAAAGAUGGGAAACCUUGCCGCACAUGCACAUCCCUCGCCGAUUGGCGUGCCCUCACAAGAAUGAAGUCAUCUUCUACCACGGCGAAUCCAGGAGCUGCAGCAGCAUCGUCAUCGUCAUCGUCAUCUACCCUUGCCAGCAAAGCCGCCAUACCAUCCACCAUAGCUGCCCUGGCCUUGACUUCCGCAUCCGCCUCCGACACCCUUGAACCGAUUCCUUCAGACUGCCCCGCAGACGUAGAAAUGCUGGGGAGAAGCACCUGGACCCUUCUACAUACGAUGGCAGCGAGCUACCCGACAACCGCAAACACACAGCAACAAGAUAACAUGCGCUCGUUUUUGUCCCUGUUCUCCAAACUGUAUCCGUGCUGGGUAUGUGCGGAUGAUUUCCGCGCAUGGAUGAAUGAUCCAAGUGGGAAGAAUAAGCCGAAGGUAAAAGGGAGGGCAGAGUUUGGCAAUUGGAUGUGUGAGGCGCAUAAUGAAGUGAAUAGAAAGCUUGGGAAAAAGGUCUUCGAUUGUGCGAAGUGGGAGGAACGAUGGCGGACAGGCUGGAAGGACGGACGAUGCGAUUAG